GAACUCUUUGUCGUGUUCUUUAAACCAUUCCUGAACCAUUUUUGCAGUGCGUCAUGGCACACGAUCCUGCUGAAAGAGCCCACUGCCAGGGAAUACUGUUGCCGUGAGGGGGUGUAUGUGGUCUGCAACGAUGUUUAGGUAGGUGGUACAUUUUAAAGUAACAACCACAUGAAUGCCCAACACCCACCAAUGCACACACACCCAACUGUUCACAUGCUGUACAGGAAAACGUGAUUCAUCAGAUCAGACCACCUUCUUCCAUUGCUCCAGGGUCCAGUUCGGACGCUCACGUAACAAUUGUAGGCGCUUUCGGAGGUGGACAGGGUCAGCAUAGGCACUCUUACUGGUCUACGGCUACACAGCCACAUACAGUAUGCAUCAAGCCGCGAUGCACUGUGUUCAGACACCUUUCUAUCAUAGCCAGCAUUAAAGAUUUCAGCUAUUAUACAGGUGCCACUGUAAGAAGAUACUCAUUGUUAUUCACUUCACCUGUCAGUGGUUUUAAUGUUGUGGCUGAUUGGUGUAUAUCUCUGCCACGCUCCUAUAGGAUUGGAAGACUGAGACACUAUGAAUUCUGCACAGUAGGUGGCAGCAUGCCAAUCAGCGCUAAGCACAUUAAAGGGAGUUUCAAACACAGACUUCUCUACAGUACCGUUCCGAAGAGAUAAUCAGAGAUCACAAUUCAUUCUGUCCACGUCCACUCAGUGUCCCAUGACACGCCGCCUCCUUUAACCAACACAGAAAAUAAAUGCUUACCGUUCCUUCUAGUGUUCUUUGGGAGUAAACAGUACAUGUGGUGAUAUUUGCUGAGUCACGUUCAUGAGAAUUCUGGAGAUAAUCUUAUUCUGGAGAGUUUAAGUCAUGCUGUUAUCUCCUAGACACGUCCGUGAAGAUUAUUUAUGAGCUCAUUUGUAAAAUAGUUAAUGAGUUUAGGCAAUCGUAUAAAGUUUCUCUCAUUUUGCCUUAUUCAUUACAUUCUGUUGCGCAGACUUUAUUUUUUAAAACAGCAUCUAACGAGAGGUCACCAUCUGGUAUUGGGUAAAGUACUGAGGUAAACACAGGGUUCACUGUACAGGUAAGGACUGUGCCGUGCUUCAUGACACAUAAAGUGGAAAGGUGAUUCUAAGGGGCGGAGCAAGAGGAACACGCACACGGAGAGCUGUGCGCAAUUGAGAUACUGAAUCUGUGAGCGUCUUUCCACAUCUAGCUGUGGGUUCUGAAGAGGUACCAUCAACUACAGACAACGGUGGAGUAAGCGGACAGUGCGUGUUCAGACGUCGCCAAGCAUUGUCAAAAGGAGACUAAACAUUCUGGACAAUCCCGGGAACUUUUCUUUCUCUGAAGAAAUUUGCGCGACCUUCAGAGAUCCUUUCGUCAGUGUUUUUCGCGUUGCGCCGUCAUUGUGUUAUUUACGUAGCAAUAUAGUCACCUCUUUUUUCGUAUGGGAAGCGUCUAUAUUAUUUUGUCGCUGUGGUUUUAGACUAUUAAAAGUCACUGUGGGUUUGCCUGGGGACGAGAUUAUGUUUAUUAUAGACGUCCAUCAACUAUUUCUUUAUCGUGCGUAAAUUGUAUUUUUUUGUCUAUUCUUGCUAUUUAUUUGCACUCAUUGGAAAUAUAAGCUGUCCUCAUGCUCUGCUCCUGUUGGUGCUGUAGAACAAAUCUGAACUGACGAAAACAGACCAAGGGACACCUGUUGUCAACGCCAGAGGUGAGCAACUUGAUUGACUGACCAUGUCUCAGGCCGAUGUGGACAUGGCAGGACUUGGUUUCCCCAAAUUACCUACGAGUUUCGAUGCCGAUACGUGCUUUCCAGCCAGAAUGCCACCAAGGCGAAGAAGACAUUCUGCGAAUUCGAGGCGAAACGCUUACAGGUUGAAUAAAAUUCACACGAUGGAUCUGGAAGCUCAGGAUUAUGUCGCCCCUCUUUCAAAGACACUCUCGUGGUCGGCUGACAACAUCUUGUCAGAAAGUACGACAGACGAGAAAAAGGCUGAUUCCUCGGUAACGGAGUCACCUGCAUCGAGUACGAGCUCACCUCCGGCCACCCAGGACCCUAGCCCACUAUCUUCACCAGGGGUCUGGAAAGUCGGGGAGCCCAUCUCCAACGUGCUCGAUGUCAGCUCGGACUCUGAGGAAGAGACCGCACAGAAGAAGGUGGUUUUGACCAGCGCUCAGUCCGAGAGCAAUCGGGAACAAGAGGAGAAAGAUGAGGUGGAGACCAAAGCCGUGGCCACUUCACCCGAUGGCAGGUUCCUCAAAUUCAACAUUGAAAUCGGGAGGGGUUCUUUCAAGACUGUGUACAAAGGACUAGACACUGAGACAACUGUUGAAGUGGCUUGGUGCGAGUUACAGACACGUAGGUUGACGAAGGUGGAGCGUCAACGCUUCAGCGAAGAAGUGGAUAUGCUGAAAGGGCUCCAGCACCCCAACAUCGUCCGCUUCUAUGACUCCUGGAAGUCUACGGUCAAAGGGCACAAGUGCAUCCUCCUUGUGACCGAACUCAUGACAUCAGGCACCCUCAAGACGUAUCUGAAGCGCUUUAAGGAGAUGAAGCUGAAGCUUCUUCAGCGCUGGAGCCAUCAGAUCCUGAAGGGGCUCCACUUCUUGCACACGCGCACGCCGCCCAUCAUCCACCGCGACCUCAAGUGCGACAACAUCUUCAUCACCGGCCCGACUGGCUCCGUCAAGAUCGGAGACCUUGGCCUCGCCACGCUCAAGAGUGCCUCCUUCGCUAAGAGCGUCAUUGGAACUCCUGAGUUCAUGGCUCCAGAGAUGUAUGAGGAGAAGUAUGAUGAGGCCGUGGACGUCUACGCCUUUGGCAUGUGCAUCCUGGAGAUGACCACGUCUGAGUACCCCUACUCUGAGUGCCAAAAUGCUGCCCAGAUCUACCGCAAGGUCACCAGUGGCAUGAAGCCGGAGAGCUUCUUCAAGGUCAAAGUGCCCGAGCUGAAGGAGAUCAUCGAGGGCUGCAUCCGCACGAACAAAGACGAAAGGUACACCAUCCAGGACCUGCUUGAGCACACCUUCUUCCAGGAGAACAACGGCGUGCACGUGGAGCUGGCCGAGGAGGACGACAAUCUCAAGUCGGGCCUCAAGCUGUGGCUGCGCAUGGACGACACCAAGAAGCUCCACGGGAAGUACAAGGACAACAACGCCAUCGAGUUCCUGUUCGAGCUCUACAAGGACGUGCCCGAGGAGGUCGCCCAAGAGAUGGUGGUUCUGGGAUUCGUCUGCGAGGCCGACUACAAGCUAGUUGCCAAGGCGAUCCGCGACCGCGCGACGGCCAUCAAGAGGCAGCGGGAGAAGCAGCGGCGGCUGGCAGAGGCGGCGCAGCGCCACCGGCAGGAGGGGGUCAUCGAGGAGGAGCCGGAGCCGCCACCCGAGACCGAACCCCUUGCCACCUCCACCGCCCCUGCCACUGUCAUCCUCCCCAUUGCCCCCGCCCCCAGAAGCCCCCUGUCCACCUCCUCUUCCUCCUCCCAGCAGUCGUCCGACACCCCCUCCCCCUCCACCACCACCUCCGCCCCUGUGCCCUCCUACACGCCCCCCACCCUCACCAUCUCCGGCCCCCUACCCUCCCCCACCCCAUCCCCUGCCAAUGGCUCCAUCGACUCGGGCAUCAACGCCAGCUUCACCACCGAGCCCGACGAGCAGGAGGCCGACCAGCAGUCGCACUACAUCGUCCGCCAUGCCAGCUACUCGUCCGCUACCUCUGACUGCGAGACGGACGGCUACCUCAGCUCCUCCGGGCUACAGGAACCUUCCGAGGGUCCACCCCCAGAGGCAACUCCCACGCCAGUCGCCCCAGCAACCACCGUGGAGACACCUUGCCCCGAGAGUCGACGCCCCGAAGCCGAGCCAGAGGGACCAGUCCCAGCCCUUCGCUUCCCCUCGGUGGGUAGGCUGUGUUCAGGGGGCGAGAGCAUUGCUGUUUUGCAAGCCGAGAGGCCCCAGUCAGGGAUCGGCAGCGGCUUCACCUCACCUGCCGACAGCUAUGCCUCUGAUGUCACCUCUGGUGUGAGUGAUGGCUACGAGGGCCUAUCAGAGAAGAGCGCGGAGGGUGUCCACAAACGCACAGGUAGCAAGCUCCUCAGGAGACGGACCCGUUCUCGCCUUCGCAUCACCGGGCUGUCUGACAAAGUGGACCGUGUUGUGGAGUGCCAGCUGCAAACACAUAACAGCAAGAUGGUGACCUUCAAGUUUGACCUGGACGGAGACAACCCUGAGGACAUUGCUGCUGUGAUGGUCAUCAGAGAGUUCAUUCUGCCAUCCGAGCAAGAGGGUUUCAUCUACCGUAUGCGUGACAUCAUCAACAGGGCGGAGGCUCUGAUGAGGAGAGAGCCAAUCGGGUUCCUGCAGGGCGAGGGCUCUCGGCUCUCUUACCUGAACGGGGUGGGAACUCUCUCUGGGUCACAGCCAAACCUGCACACACAGGGGCUGGCGCGGACACACUCUUCCUCCUCUCUGCCAGACUACGCCGCUGCCAGUGUUGGCCAGGCAGCCCGAGGCUCCUCUCCCGCCCUGGCUGGAGACUUCCUCCUGGAGCCUGACGGAGCUCCUCUCACUCGACCUCUCCGCUCUCAGUCCUUCCACACCACCUCAGGCUCCUCUCAGUCCUACUAUCCCGGUGUCUCUCACUACCACCCUCACUACUCCCACCCGGACUCAGUGCCUCUGCUUGUGCCCAACCCCAUGCCCCAGUACCCCAAUCCGCCCCCGCAGCAGUCGCCCUACGUGCCAAACGCCCACUACCCCCACCAUUACCCCCCACCCCAGCAGCAGCAGCAGCAGCAGCAGCCGCCGCCGCAGCAGCAGCGCAACCCCAGCAAGUCCCCGCUGGCACUCUCCACACUUACCAGGGUGCCCAGUAUCACCAGCCUUGCCACCCCGUCCUCCUCCUCAGCUGGGUUCUCAGGGCAACAAGUGGGGUCAGAGGUCACCAUGGCGGGCGAGGGUGCCCACCGCUCACCCCCAGCGGGGUCGUUGAGUGGGGUUGCCCCGCAGGGUGCUGGCAUGUGGCCCACAGACAACCAGCCUCUCUUCUCCCUCGCCAACGUGCUCUCACUGGCCAUGAGCGUGGCACAGUCCUUCAUGCCGCCCACCACCAUGCCCAGCGGACUCAACCCAGGCUUCCACCCCCACCUGGGCACCACGCAGGCUGGCUACCCGCCCAUCUACGCCCCCCAGCACCAGGCCUCCAUGCUGGGGCAGUACCUGGAUAUGCACCAAUACCAGGAUGCCAGCCACCCUCAGAUGGCCUAUCAGAUGCCAGUGCACGACGCCCAGGAGGGAGGCUACAACACUAGCCAGUCCAUGGGGGGUUCAAUGGGAGGGUUGAAGGUGAAUGUGCCUCCCGGGGGCUCACCACUCACAGGGUCCAUGGAGGACCUGCGGGCUGCAGUGAUGAGGACCAGACAGGCUGGGUUCAUAGACUCCAAUCCCCCUGUUGCCACUGCUGCUGCUGCCUCUGCCUCUGCUCCUGGAGCUCCAGUGGGAACCAAGUCAGGGCCCCAGGGUGAGACCCUCGCCUCCAGCCCCAGAGACGUGAACCGAGAGCGGGCAGGCAGCUCGGCAUCCACCUCCACCUCCACCUCCCCCUCCCCCUCACCCCUCACCACUUCCUCCUCACCGGCUUCAUCAGGGCCCUCCAGCCCACAGAACACGGUGUCCGCCGCCAGUCAGGCCACGCCUGUUCUUCUAACUGUCUGUGAAGCCAGCAACAGCAGCAGCAGCGUUACAAAAGCCAGACUCACUCCCAUCUCUGAGGAGGGGGAGAUUUCCCAGGAGCAUUUGGUCACAUCAGACUUUGAUGUGAAAAAACCCGUGACAGUAGGGCGUUUCCAGGUGACCCCAAGCGUGGACAUACCAGCCGCCCCUCACCACCACGUCCGUCCCCCAACCCCUCCCCCAGACACGCCCCCACCUACCAGCAGCGAAUCAGACAGCAGCACCGAGGAACAGAGCGAAUCCGAGACCAGCUUCAGCACCCUCACCGUCUCGCCCCCGAACAAAGCGCCUGCAGGCUAUCCCCUCCACUGUGAAGAAGAGAAGGAGGAGAGAAACGAGGAGGACAAGGAGGAACAGGAGCAAGACCAGGAGGAGGAGGAGAGAGAGGAGGGAGAGAGAGAGCAGGGGGAGGGAGAGGAGGACGACAAGGGGAGGAGGGGGGAGGGGCGGCGCAUCAGCCUAAGCCUCUGGGAGGGAACGGCGGGGAGUCCCCUGAUGACCAGCGCCCCCAACCAGCCGUGGAUGAGCUACACGCGCAGCGCCUCCUACGUCAGCAGCGACGAGACCGAGAGCGACGACGACGACAUGUGGGAGGAGCUACACCAGCUGCAGCUCAGGCACCUGUCUGAGGUGCAGACUCUGCAAGCUACCCAGAAGCGAGAGAUUGAGGAGCUGUAUGAGCGGAUGGGUAAAGUGCCUCCCCCUGGUAUCGUCUCCCCGGCCGCCAUGCUCAACAGCAGACAACGCCGCCUGUCCAAGAGCGGUGGCUACCCCUCCUCCCGCAGAAACAGUCUGCAGAGGCUGGACAUAAUGCCCCCUGCUGGCAUCAUGCGGAAAAAUUCGGUCAGCGGCAGCAGCAGUGGCUCACAAGACAGGAACAACAAGGCCGUGACUUUCGCCCCGGACUUCAGCCGCAUGUAAGCUUCUAGCCGACAAGAUUCACCGCCAGCCCCCCACACCAACAAGAGGAAGUGAUGUCACAGGAGGGCCUCCAGCUUCCUUUCAAGAGGAAGACACAGGAAGGCAGGACAAAGCAGGACACACACAAUAGUGUGUGAAAAUAGCCUCCCAGAGCCUUUGACAAGAAGCCAUUGUUUGGUGCACAAUCAUACACACACUGCCGCUGAAUCUUACAGCUGUGUAAUACAGCUCAAUCUGAGUGUGUGUCUCUGUGUUUUCCUCCUUAGUUUGUAUGCAGUACAAUCAAUGGAUUUCACCUCCCCCUUUUCAGAAACUCUUAAUUUCUCUUUGCACUUUCCUGUUUUACUUUGAUCAUCUGCCUGUCUUGAAUGUAGCCACAGCGCCUCCUAGUGGUGAAGACGUGUAAAUGCACCUUUCACUCGCUGCCUAUUUCCAUUUGCUGUGUAGAGAGAGACAUCAGCCAGCCUCCCAGUUCUACCAGCUUUAAACAUUUUCUAACUGCAGUAAUGAUGUUAAAUGUUUGUGAGCUUUGUAAAUUACAAAUUGUGUGUAGUUAUGUUAUUUUGUUUCAUAUUUAAGUAUGACUUUUGUUUAAUUCUGCAAGAUCACAUCAAAAAUAUGUCAGAAUGACAGAGUAUACAGAAUGACAGAAACAUAAUAUUUAAUAUGAUAAUAUGAUGAUUUAACUAAUUGAUAAUAUUGAUGAAAUAGUGAUGCAAAGAAAACAUAACUGACAAAAACAUUGAAGAAAAUAUUCAGCUUUACCACUUGGUUUUGCACAUGACAGACCAUUAGAGUACUCUCUUGCAUACUGUUCAAGUGUCAGGGUCAGUAUCCUGACACGUUCACUAUCCCAGCCAUCCCCACUAAACUGCACAGGUCACCUUUUAAAACCCAGUGCAGAGUUCAGCCAAAACUUUGGGAUUGUCGUGAAUUCCAAAUAUCUUUGGCAUACAAAAAGCUGGUAAUCAGAUCCCCUCAAGACUGUAGGCGGUCGACCUUGACCUUGACAGAUUUAUAUGUGCACACUACAGCCCCCAAGAAAACCCAUCAGCCCAGAGAGUUGCUAAUUCUAACCCAGCCCUAAUCUGGCUCUGACCUGGCUCAGAACCGGCCUUGAUCUGGUAGGGAUCUGCAAAUCACUACCAAAGACCAACAGCAGCUGAAGAACUAUCCAACGCCAGGAACUCCAUUUUGUGGGUGAAUUGUGGAACCAGUGUCCCGCUCUCACCUUAAUGCACAGCCACAGGACAGGAUUACAGCCUCUCCCCAGGAUGCAUCCCGUUUCUGAUGGGGAAAAUCCCAUGUUGCGUAUAUAUGUCACAUUAAUUCAGCAUCCUAAAUUGGAUCACCUGAUUUCUGUCCAAUAUAUUCUUACUCCACUGUCUUAAUCGCACACCCUUUAACAGGGCAGCCAUGUUGGACACAAAAAGCUGCUACUCAGGAACAGAUAAGGCCCAGAUCUGUCUGAAAACUGGCCCAGAGUAAGCAGCCAUCUCUAACACUCGUUAAUCUCUCUUCUUCUUCUUCUAGAUCUGAGCUGACACAAUGCACUUUUUCUUCUGAGGGAUCUCCCAUUAAGUUGAUGUCAAGCAAUCUCUGUAAAUAGCGAUGGGCGGGUUAAAAAAAGACCAUGCCCUUUCAAAUACGUUUUCUUGUGUGCUUCAGCCUAUGCAGUCGUGUCUAAAAAAAAAAUGCUGAUACUCUAACAAACACAAAAUAAUUUGAAAUUAAGCUGUGAAGACUGUUGCCUCAGAGUCAGUAUAUAUAAGGAUGCCGUAAGAAGUGACACAGAUUGUAUUCUUCUAAAAACAACGACGAGAUUUAUAUAUUUAGAUAAAGAAAUAUGAUGUUGUAUUAUAUUCUGUUAGGAAAUUAUGUCGUACUGCCAUGCAGGUUUUGUGCCUUUUGAAUUUUUUUUUUACCCCAAGAGCUUGAUUGUUGUUUCAAAAAUCAUGUUUGUAAAUAAUGAUAAUACAUGAAACUUUAAAAUGUG